AUGGGUAAGCCCCUGGGCACCACCUUUCUCAUCGUCAGCAUCAUCAUCCUCAUCCUAGGAUCCCAUCGCUAUUUCGAGUGCCAACACUGGGUCGUCCAGGGGAAGUUCCCAGUAAGCCGCGGUAGCAUUAUUUUGGUUAUGGCCCUGAGUUUCGCCUUAAUUGUCGCUAGCCUCAUGGUUGUGAUUGUCGUGGGACCGUCGCCAUCGAAAAGUUAUGGUUAG